CCAUAUGCUAACGCAGUUUAUUCAGUUACUACCACCAAAUACAUAAACAACAUUGAGUAUAGGUGCUAAAAAAACAAGGAAAAGCCAGUAGAAUUGGAGGUUUUUGAAUUGUAAAGUACAAGAUCUUUAAAAUGGGUGCCGAAAGAAUCAAACGUGCACCGGUUGUGCGAAAAGGAUUCAUAGUCCGCAGAAAGACACACUUAAUCGCCAUGAUGAAGCGCGUAAAACAUCAGCUAGAAAGAAGCGGAUGUGUUCAGUAUCAGUCAACAGGAAUGGCAAUACCUCAGCUUGUAACUUUGGCAGACAAGUAUCAGCAUCAAGGAUACCGUAUAGCCCUUUCAACAGAAACUAUAGAAUUUACGGAUGAAAUUAUGACAGAGGACGACUUCAAAAAAGAAAAGCGACUAGGGAAUUUACUUGUACUCAAGGUAUUUUCCAGAUGAUCUUGAUCUUGUCUUGAAACGAACGUUUACAGGAUUCUGCUUUUUACCGGAAGAGCUUUGGCGGAGUAAGGUGCUUGAUCUAAUCUAUUCAUUGAGAAUGGAUGUAAAGGUUUUCUUGUUAUCAAGUUGUUCGAUAAUGAUUCUGUUAACGAAUGUUUAAACAGUUGCUCGAGUAAGAACAACGCUGUUAAAGCAAAGUGCAUAAAGACUUUUGCAUACCUCCUUGUGCUUACUGGUUCCAUAUGAUAUUCCGUUAUCUUUGGUUAAAUAUAAGACUCUUUGGAACAUGAUAUUUCUUGUACUCAUAGUCUGAAAAGUCUUUUUUCUCGGGUAAUAUGGCCCUUAUUUAAAGCAUGCUGAAAGUUAAUAUUCUAUUACUUUUGACAUUUUUUCAUACUGUGAGUAUAUGAGGGAUAUAGUGGUAUGAAUUGUUUGUAUAUUGAAUCUGUGUCCGUUCUAAAAUUUAAUUACUGAAAAUGAAUUCGAUUAAGCAUGCAAAUCAGUUUGACACAAGGCUGCAGUGUCUUGCUAAGGAAAAAAAAUAGUGCAAUUUUUGGAAUAGAAAAUACGACGGAAGAUUUGCUAAGGAUGUAAUUUUAUAUUCUUAUUCUUUCAAAUAUACUCAAUCUAGGUUCUUUAUCUAUGCCAGAGUUAAAUAUGCUGCUUUCAUGAAGAUUGAAGCUACUAAAAUCCCGCUUUUAGAGGAACGCCUAUAGAAAGUCAAUAACACCAGCUAGAUUCUGAGUACUCUAGACUACUGCAAUACGUCAACUUUUCUAACUUCACCUUUGCUUUAAUAUAUAACCCUUUUCUUCUUUGGUUCCGAGAUCGCCUAUUUCGCUUUGAAGUUUUGUUGAUUAUUUGACAUUUCCAAUGAAUAAUAGAACUACAGAAACACAUUUACAUUUUUUUCUUUUCUUUAACUGAUUCCGGUUCUCUUUUUAUUGUAAUCUAAAGCAACAAAGGGUAUACGCAGAACAAGUUUGUCCAAAAAUUUAUGCAACACAUUUAACAUAUCUAGCAUAGGUCUGAAGAUUUUUUUUUAUAGAUUGAACGCGGAAAUAAUAUAUUAUGCAAAUAACUAAAGACUUUUUAUUUUAUGCAUGUAUUCCAAGGGUUAUACAGGGAAUCUAUAU